GACCUGGGAGUAAUUCCAACCAAUGGACAGGGAGCUGUGGGCGUGGCCGGAGUGACUCUGUCCACUGGGAGGGCUCUAGGGGCGGAACCAGAGCGCCACGUGCAGCUGGCGCUGAGCAGCAGCCUGGGCCGGAGGCAGCAGCAUGGCGGCGUCGGGAGCGAAGAAAAAACAGCAGCAGCAGCAGCGAGCGGCUGCGGCGGGGGGAGCCGGGCGCAGGCGGCGCAAGGUCCCUGAUGCAGAGGAGAAAUCCUGGCAGAAAGCCGGCUCGAAGCUGGAUGAGGAGAUCUCCAGCGACUCCGAUGCAGAGAGCCCUACAUUUGGUGGGAAGCGGAAGAAGGACAGUGAGGCAGAUGAGAUUGAAGAGACAGCACAGGAGAAGAAGCUGAGAUUAGCCAAACUUUACCUGAAGCAGCUUCGACAGCAGGAGGAGGAAAAGGCAGAAGAGGAGGCCUUGGAAGAUGACUUGGUUGCUGGCCGACUGAAGGAAGAUGUGCUUGAACAGAAGGGAAAACUGCAGCGACUGAUCGCCAAAGAUUUGCAGCCUCCAGAUACAGCAGCCAUCCGAGUGCUGCGAGGUCACCAGCUGCCCAUCACCUGCCUGGUCAUCUCUCCAGAUGACAAGUGCAUCUUCUCAGCUGCCAAAGACUGCUCCAUCAUCAAAUGGGAUGUGGAGAGCGGGAAGAAGUUGCACGUGAUCCCUGGAGGGAAGAAGGGGACAGAGGCCCAGCACGUCGGCCACACAGCGCAUGUUCUCUCCAUGGCCAUCUCGUCAGAUGGCAAAUACCUGGCCACAGGAGACAGGAACAAACUGAUCAUGAUCUGGGAGGCUGUCACAUGCAAGCACCUAUAUAAAUUCACUGGCCAUCGAGAUGCUGUGACGGGUUUGUCGUUCCAGAAGGGCACUCACCAGCUGUACAGCGCCUCGCACGAUCGCUCCGUCAAAGUCUGGAACGUGGCUGAGAACGCCUACGUGGAAACUCUGUUUGGGCACCAGGAUGCAAUCACGGGGCUGGACAGCCUGAGCCGGGAGUGCUGCGUCACAUCAGGAGGGCGAGACGGCACCGUCCGGGUCUGGAAGAUCCCUGAGGAGUCUCAGCUUGUGUUCUAUGGGCACCAGGGCUCCAUUGACUGCGUCCAGCUGAUCAAUGAGGAGCACAUGGUGUCCGGUGCGGAUGACGGGUCGGUCGCCCUUUGGGGACUUUCGAAGAAGAAGCCGCUCACGACGGUGAGGCAAGCGCACAGUAACCACGGCGCCCAGGGCCUGGAGCAGCCGUACUGGAUCUCCUCGGUGGCCACCCUGCUGAACAGUGACGUUGUAGCCACAGGUGCCUCGCGCUGCUCGCACAGCUCCAGUGUGCGGCUGUGGAAGUGUGGCGAGGGAUUCCGAAGGCUGGAGCCGCUCUUCGACAUCCCCCUGAUCGGCUUUGUCAACAGCUUGAAGUUCUCGAAUGCUGGGGAUUUCCUGGUUGUUGGGGUUGGACAGGAACACAGGUUGGGCCGCUGGUGGCGAAUUAAAGAAGCCAAGAACAGCAUCUGCAUCAUCCCGCUGCAGAGGAUGGCGGCUGACAGCGCACAGCCAGCUGACGGCUCCUAACCCUGCUCCCCUCUUGCAUACGGUCGUGUUACUACUAGAGCUUUGUGAGACUCUUGAGUUAAAACUUUGCAUUAAAAGCAAACCCGUGUGUAAAACCCUGCUGUCAGUGUCAGCCUGUCUACGGCUCGGAUGCUUUGUCACAAGCGAAACCGGAGGCAAGGAUGUCUUCUCUGGGACCAGUUGCAGGCUGGGCACAAGAGGAAAGGGAGGUGCAGCAUGUGAAAUGAAAAGCCCAGGCCCCCCUCGCUCUGCAGCCAGAGCUGCAUGGCAGUGGGGAGGAUCUUCGACAAGCUUACUCCUGCCCCUGAAAGGCCAGCGACAGAACCUGCUCCGUGUGAGCUGCUGAGACCUGGCCUUUUGCAGGGGGGGGAAUGGACAUGCAGACUAAGCAGCCUCAGUCUGACUUCCUCCUUUCUCAAGAACAGGCCAGAACCACUCACUCAAAUGGCCCAUGACCUUCAAGGGCAUGUUGCAAGGGACAGCCCUGUCUCUGCCUGCCGAGAUCCCAUGAAGAAUUCCCUUUCUUUACCAGAUGUUGGAGUUUGUGGCAGGGCCCAGGAUUCUCUCUUCCCUUUCCUGCUUA